AUGCCGAAAAAGAAAGCAAGCGCGCCGAGGGCGAAGGUGUUCACCUCCAAAAUGGCCCAGAAUUGCGUCGAAGUGUUGACGGAUGGCAGACAGCGACUAAAUCUCAGUUUCAAGGACCUGGAUGUAGUGCCAAUUUCCAUCGCAAGUCUGUUCCGAGUGGAUGAAUUGAUCAUGAGCAGGAACCGUAUUGUCAGCCUCCCUGACUUUAUUCGUGACUUCAAUAACAUGCAAAUUUUGGACCUGCACAGCAACUAUCUGGAGGAGCUCCCUACCACCAUCGGUCUCCUGAAGAACCUGCUGGUUUUAAAUUUGUGCAACAACCGCCUACAGCAAGUCCCCAAGGAGUUAGGCCAGCUGCAGAACCUCCGGACGCUCUACUUGGGUCUCAACCAGCUUCAAAUGCUUCCCACAGCCAUUGGUAACUUGAAGGAGCUGGUCUAUAUUGGACUCUCAGACAACAAAUUCAAGUCUGUGCCCAAGUGCCUUGAAAAUCUCCAAAAGCUGGAAAAAGUCAACCUGGACAGAAAUCCCUUUCCUCCGCCCAAAGACGAAAACCAAUUCAAAUUUCCAAGGAGCUUUUACCUGGUUAAUGCAUGUGACCUAUGUAAAGAAUGCCUUCAUAAUUGCAGAACAGACAAAAAGAAGCUACUAGAAGCAACACAACCAAAGGACUCUAGUAUUGGAGUGUGGCUUGAGUAA